UGACGUACAUUCCGUUUCCGACACAGGGCGUUUAUAAAAGGAAUUUCUUACCGCGUGCGCGGCGCGCUCACUCUGUGUUAAAUCCGUGAACCAAGAACCCAGUGACUAAUUUUAGUAAAAUGGAAACUUUUAACAUGCUUCUGUUUGAGUAUCCUGAGCUGAUGUACAGUGGAUUUGGAGCGACGGCGGUCUUUGCAGGUGGCGCUCUAGUUUACAAGAUUGCCACCAGAAAGAAGCCCACUCAUGCCAGUGUCAACUGCUGGUUCUGUAAUCAAAACACAGUGGUGCCAUAUGGCAACAGGAAUUGCUGGGAUUGUCCGAACUGUGACCAGUACAAUGGCUUCCAGGAGAAUGGAGAUUACAACAAACCCAUCCCAGCUCAGUACAUGGAGCAUCUCAAUCAUGGUGUUUCUGGAAGCCCUCAAUCUGAGACGCCCAAGUCCUUGCAAUGGGUCAACUGUCAAAUGCUGUUGUGCAGGAAGUGCAAUAACAACCAGUCUACAAAGAUCAAGCAGCUGGCGUCAUAUAUCCCUAGAGAUGAUGAGAACUAUGAUGAAGAAAUUGAAGCCUUCAAGCAUCACCUGGAGCAAACUUUUAAGUUAUGCAGACCCUGUCAGACAGCGGUGGAGUAUUACAUCAAGUAUCAAAACCGCCAGCUUCGUACUGUGCUCCUAAACCACCAGCUUCGGCGUACCAGAGAGUCUGACUCAGGAUUUGUAAAGAGCUCUCAUUCGCUGUCCUCACCAGUAGGAGUUAUAAUGCUGAGGGUCCUUGCCUUCCUGUUGUGUGCUUUCGUACUUACCACGUCAUUCUGUGACUUCCCACAACAACCUGUCUCACCAAGUGGCCCGCAGACGUUAAGUGGAGGUGUCACGCCUCCAAACCCCACAUCCAACAAUGCAACCUCCCCCAACAACAACAUUAGUGCUGCUCUGCUUGUGUGGCAGGGUGUGCUGGAGGUUCUACCAGACAGGGUCAUAGAAAAUGCCCAGAUAGUGUGGCAACACGGAAAGAACAACCAACUGGUGACCGUCUCUGCUGGCCUGUUGACCUGUCUCACGGCUAUCUUCUUUGCAGGACCCACGAGGUUGAGGAGGAUUGAUGUUGUGGCAUCAGUGCUGUGGUUCUUCACCCUGUGCCUCUACCUGUCUGAGAGCUACUUGACGAACACCUUUAGCUGGAUGGACACAGUGAAGCUCAUCACCGUCUCUCUCUGCUGCCUUGUCAGCUUUGCUGCGGCUGCUGCAACUCGCAAAUCGCUGGGUCCACGAAGAGCCAGACAUCGAAGGUCAGAAUCUGAGCAGUAAUAAAUGUUCUCAUUGGGUCAGCAGAUGGCCUUCACGCUGAGUGCAUCGUGUAAUCAGAUCAGAUACAUAACUGUGAUGAGUUUAAUGGAUUUCCUCAAAUAAAAGCCUUCAUUUGACCUAUUGCCUAGGGCACCGAGCUUUUAUUAAUUCUGAUCACUCAUUAGAAUACAUUUUAAAUCCAGCAACACGUUUCAGAGUCAAACCAGGAUUAUAUAAACACAAAUGCUUGUGAAUCGACUCCUGCUGCUUUUAAACAACUUUUCCAAAAUCUCUGACUAAUGUUUAAAUCAUAUUCUUCCUCUUUCCUUCCCACAAAGAUGCAAAUACACGGCGUUAGGCUGUUGAAACACGUUUUAAUUACCUGCUGAGAAUCAAAUUUAGUCGUAAAACUGUAUUUAUAGUGGCGCUUUUACUGAAAAAAAUGUGCCUGCAUCAGCGGAGCACACUGACGUGGAAUGGACUAAAACAAAUAAAUUAUGCUGAAUCUUUGUAGGAGGAUGUCGCGAGACUUUGAUAAAUGCUUCAACAAAACAAUCUGUGGCAAAACCCCAGUUUUUAUUUGAGGAAAUUCGUUGUUUGUUUCGUCUUUUCCCACUUGGCCGUCCUGUUUUACUGUGUUGUGAGAACGACUGACUGUGAGAUGAGAAAACGGUGAAUUCUGGGGAGACGGUUGUUAGAAUUUUACAUGAACUCUUUAUCCCCGUUUGUUGGUACAGAAAUGUAACGGUCACAAGUGUUUUUGUUUUGUUUGGUUAAUCAUGAAGUGACAGAUGAAUUAUGACUAAACCAACACUAGUAGAUAUAAACUACACAUUUACCUAAAUAAUCCUAGAAAGCUGUGCAGAAGUUAACUUUACCCUCUUAGUGAAUUUAGAAACUGUUUCACUAAAUUCACUUAUGACUUAUAUCCAAUAUAUCAGUGUUAUUUACCUGCUGUUAACUGUUGUAAUCUACACUACUGGAAUUUCUGAAUGUGUUUAGAGUGUGCUACUUUAUUUAUUAAAAAUUUGAAAGUGUUUCACUAACCAUACAUCAGUGCAAGGAACGCUACUUUGUAAGAUCUAGUUGUAAAACCUAUUCCGCCCUGUAUUACCUGUCAUUUACAGCUGAUGAAAGGAAAAGCUUGGAUGAUUUGGGGAGUAAAUAUGUGGUCGUGUGAGUUUGCUGUUAGAUCGGAGCGGGGCGAUCCUGCGUUGGAGUUGACUGGAAACAGAAAUCCAAGAAUUAUUUUCCUGGAACGAUGAAACAAAGGAAAAUGGAAGAUAUCAGAUUAGGGCUUUAUUAUACGUGCAAAUUUUAACAAACUAUCAAUUGUGGAGUGUUGCAAAUGCGGCCUUAAAAAUGUAAAUUAUAGCUCAACAGUGCAGCGUACAGCAGUGUUGUAUAGGUGUGUCAGUUUACACCCAUGCAACCAGUUAUUCAUGUCUGAGGAGGUGUGUGUGUGUGUGUGUGAGGCUACAGGGGGAGGCUAUGGUGUACACACAGCUGAAAUGGCUGAAUUCACUAGCUUAUUUUUGGUCAAUAACUUGUGAAAUCCUUUUGGUGCAUUAAAAAUGUCGCUUAUAGUCGAGUAAAAUGCGCUUAAUACAAAAUUCAGCCAUAAUCUCAAAGGUCUUGUUUUAUGCUGUUUGAGUCCUCCUGCAUCUCUGUUUAAAAAUACUUUUGUUUUCACCCGUUUAUUACUUGAAAUUGUUCUUAAGCUUCACCAGAAAGCCUGACGAACGUGCUCUAAUGUGCACAAGUUUCACAAACUAAAGUUAAAAAUAUGAUUAGAAAUGACACAAAAUCUGAAAUGACAAAAAAGGGUUUCAGGUACUUUGACUUUUAGACUUGUCUGCAUUAAAGUGAGGUUGCCUGCAGAAGUUAUAGGUUAUGAUGACAGAGAUGCAUCUGAAGGACAUUUUGAAGAUUUUCAGUGUUUAAUUAUGUUGGAUUGUGAGCGUAAGACUUGUGGUCUAACUAUUUUAUUAGAGUACCUUUACUGGACACUUGUAGAUGUCAAAAGACCAUUUUGGUUAGAGGUGGCUGUUCUGUCAAUGAAGAGGCUUCACAACAUUAAGUUCCAUUUUACUGGAUUUGAGUUUUAGGGGCGGGAAUUAAUACGUUUUUAUCAAUAUCAAUGGCAUUGUAGAUUGUGUCUAUUGAUCCAAUUCUCUUAUCAAUUCCAGAUUACAGAUCGCAAAAACUAACUGCGCACAGCUCCUGCGUUAUAACAGUUUCUUUAUGAUAAUUAAUGAGUUGUACCUGUAUCGGUUGGAAAUAUCUUUCCAAAUGUUCUCCUUUAAGCUCGUCUUCUUGUUUGGUGCACAGGUCAUCACAGGUCAGACCUUUGUCCCUGGAGUCUGCUAGUGUAGAGGUAAAUGACGCUAACAUGAUAGGCAGUGCUAGGUUAUUAGUUACCAGAAGUAUUAACAGGAGAGGAUGUGCAAACGUCACCGCUGCUGCUGUGUUGAUAUUCACUAGUCCAGAGCGAGUCAAAACACGUCAAUAACUUAGUUUUAGCGUACUUUGUGCCCAACAGCUUUUGUAUAUUCUGAAUGCUUCCUUCCUUGAUGAAAUAUCUACUUUGCAAUUCUUGCAAGUUACCCUGUUGUCUUGUUUUCUUGUAAUGUAUAACCAAACUUUCGAGCGUUUGUGCCGCUUAGACGCCAUGUUUCCUGCUUCCGUAAGCUACGCAACAUGCGCGAUGACGUCAUUGGCGCCGACCGGAAUUGAUGAGGGCAAUCAUUUGCAAAAGUGGCGAACGAUUCCUAAGGAUUCAACCAAUGGGAACCGGUUCUCAACAAGAACCAGUUUUCGAUUCCCAACCCUAGUGAGUUUAGACAAAACGUGUGUAUGGUCUGUCCCUGAUUGGCGUAUGUCAUUGGAAUCACAAGAAUCCCAGCGUUCCAUUUAUGUAAAAUAUUUUUUGUACAUUGUAAGUACAAAUCUGCUAUUAAAAAGACAAUGAAGGCCUAUCAUCACGUUCAAUAAAUUUGUCCAACCCCAACCUCACCUGCAGAUUAAAGGUGUGGUUUACUGUUUAUUCAAUACAGUGUUGUCUAGUGUCAAUCAAAGCCUUAUGAGUAAUAAAAAAAAAAGGCUAUGACGCUCCUGUUCUGAGAUGCAGCCUUCCUGCAGGCAGGCACAAGCCAAGAUGGGUGAGGUCGUAAAUGCAAAUUUACAGUGUGACAUCACAGUGUGAGGAUUUUCAAAUCCUAGCAUUUCACCAUCUAUUUUUUAUCAUAAUCUGUCACAGGAUAUAGGAGGAGGAGAUAGUUUUCAUGUUCAGCUUGCAUGAAAAACUCCAGAUUAUACUCAGACCGAUUUAAAAGAUGGUUUUUCAGUCAACCACACCUUUAAAUGCCUGCAUUGAUGUGAUCGAAUCUGUCUGCUUCAUGUCUGGAUCGGAGCUCUGUCUGGCGAUCACACCAGCUGUGUGCACUCAUCAUCCUCAUGCUGCGAAACUAAAAAAGUAGAUCCAAUCACUUCCAGACACAUAACUGUCCAUUUUUAUUGUGCAUAAACUGGAUUUAUGUUGUUUUUUUUACUGGCUGCUGGUAGAUGAUUACCUGUACCAGGUGCAUGGCUUGUUUUGGGGUUUUGCUGUUAAGGGUUUCUGUUGGAUUUGUUGGACUGGUGCUUCAAACAAACAUAAGGAACUCAAAUUAGAAAAUAUUAGCCAAGUUUACAUGCGCACAAUUAAUCAAAUUGAACGCCCAAUCAGAUAAAAAAUUCUGCAUGUAAACAUGUCAAUCGGAAUGUUCUGAUCCGAUUCGGCCCGAUCGGAAUAAAAUUUCAAUCCGAUUGAAAGAGGUGGUUUUGUCCGAUCAUCAUUCCGAUUGAUGUGCAUGUACACAGCCUUUUGGAUUGUUGGAGAAAAUAAAUGCCCACUGUGCAUGUGUGCAACAGCUAGCAAGCCUCCCUGUUGUCAUUUAGACUUCCUGACCUAGAAAAUGACGGCCUAAUUAACGAGCACCGACUUUUUAAUUUGAUGGCAAGCCGUCCCCGUUUCUGUAAUUUCUAAUUCAGAACAUUUUGUGGAAGUAAAAUGAAAAUCUGAUUAUUGCAAAAAUCAUUCUGCAAACGUGUUUGAGUCUGUACUGGAUAUACGCAGAUUCAUUUUGUGUUUGCAGCUCAGAUCCUCGCUUCUGUGAAUGCAGCAGGUGGAUGGAGGCGCGCUCAAAUAGAAGACUGAGUAACACCGGUUAAUCAGACCUGGUUUGAGUUUACGGAGUCUGAUGUUGAGUAGAAGAACAUCCUCAGUUAAAUAUUCUGGGCGACUAUCUGUGUAAAAGCACGUUAACGCAGAUUAGAUAAGAUGCGGUUCGUUUAACACAUAAUGAACACGGGCUUCCAAACUUUCUGAACAUCUCCUGUUGUUUAGUUUGAACCAAAUUUUCUCGACGGUUUCAGCUGAUUGUCACAUUUUAUUAAUAAUAAGCCACAACAGAGCUCAGUCAUAACACGCGAGUCUGAACCGCCACCCUCCACUUCGCUGCACAGCCAUCACGUCAGACCCGCGGACCAGCCGAUCAAGAGGCAGAGAAGAGGGUAACCCUCCCUUAUCUUAAUAUCGCCAACAAUAAAAUGCAGCAAAGCAUAAAUCUGCAGUUAUUCACUGGAGAAAACUUCUAUGAACAAAUAAAAACAUUAAAUUGAUUAAAUGAAUCAGGAAAGCAGGAAGAAUUGUUUUUCUGUUUUUACGUUUUUCAUUUUGUUUCAUGAUGGUGGUUUACAUUUUUUUUUCCAGGAAAGAAAAGUGCGCAUGCUCUCCCUAUUUAACCUGAUUGAAUAAUUGAUAAACUCUCGGCAUGAUCGGAUCAUUUCAGUUAGUGUGCACGUAAACAGAGAUUCGGGAGUUACAACCAACUAAGAUCUGAAUCGGAUUGGGGAAAUUUGGCGUAUGUAAACGUGGUUAUUGAUGGAGUAUCCACUUCUUGCCUUAGCUUCAUUUCAACAAAAUAAUUAUAUUUUCCAAAUUUCUCAUCUUCCUCAAUCAGACAGCAUUUACUGAUCAAAUAUAAACACCUUGCAUGCACUAAUAUUUCACUUCUUUAUUUUGGCUGGUUUGACCCAGACCCUAUCUACAAACAUGAAAUGAUUAGUUGAGGUGGCUGGAGGGUUAAUAGACUACAGAUCUUAACUUGUAGAGAGUUUUUAAGCAUUAGUGAAGUAAUUUGUAGAUUAAAAGGAAACGUUUUACAACAUGUGGGGUAAUUAUCUGUACUAAUUAAGUUAAUUAGAGGAUUCUCUUUAUGAAAUUAAAGUCGGUGCAUUGUGCGGAAUAAACGUAACUUUUAUUCCACAACAUGAUCACAGUUACACUUUAACUCUCAUUUAAGGUAUUUGAAAUUAUACCAUGCUUCCAAAUAUAACAGUGAUUGUUCUGACAUGAAUUUGAAUAUGUUUGUCCUCAAAAUAACCAAAACAAUGCAUGUUUAGACAAAACAACAACGUGCUAAACAUUUACAGCGUUUGUUCAAGUCUCUAGUCUUCAUGUUUCUUAUCUUGUCAGGUUUGUAAUGUCCAUUUUGGGUAUUUCCUAUUUCCUGCAUGUUUUUCUGAUGUUUUUUAAACUAUAAGCUAUGUGAAUGUUUGAUCUCACCAAGUAAAGCAUUUAGUUCCAAAGGCACUGUGCUGAUUUUUGGUUAUUAUAUACCUCUGCUGUUAUUUAUGAGAACUUAUAUGUAAAACAUUUUACAAUAAUUACGUCCUUAUUUUAGUUUUCAGCCUGUUUUUACUGCUUUAUUAUGAUGAUUCAUUAUGUAGCCAUCAAAUGUGAUUUUGUCCCAGUUCAUUUGACCAUUUGGGUAUUUUCUAUGCUCAGCUGCAUCAACAUCAGUCUGUGAAUUAAGUUGUUCCAUGGAGACGUAGCAGCAUCGCUGCUGAAGUGUUGCGUGCAGUAAAGUUACAUUUUGUAAUCAAGAGACAAAAGUUGUUUGUGUCGGGAUCCAUUUUUUAGAUUUAUCUGUAGCAAUGCUUGUUGUGUGUGGAAUAAAAUAAAGAGUUGGAGAAAGAAAA